AUGCGAUGCAGCGUCGGCUCCAAGCACCAUACUCUGUUCCUUGCCAUGGCGAUGAUAAUUACAGGCACCUUCAAUACUGUCUCCAGGAAGAUUUCAUACCAAAUGGAAGGUAAGAACAUUAAGGGUGAACAAGAGCAAUAUAACAAAGCGUGGAUCACAACUUUCUUCAUGUUCCUUGGCGAGAGUAUCUGCUUGGUCAUCUUUUACAUAAAGAGGUGCAUCGCCAAGCGGAAAGCUUCUGCAACACCUCUUGAUGCAACUGCUGGCAGCGCAACGGAACCUGAGCAGAGAAGCACCACGGUCCUCAAUGAUGUCAUCCAUAACUCUGGCUGCGUGGAGACUACUGAGUCCCCGCAGAAUACCCAGGUGACAAUAGCGGAUGCGAGGAAGGGUGUGACAGGCUCACUGCCUUAUUGGAAGUUUGUUCUAGCAACGACCUGCUUCGCUGUCCUGGACCUUAUACAGACAACGGCCUUCAACAUAGCCAUGGUAUAUGUGCCGGCAUCUGCAGCCCAGAUUCUCCGAGGGUUUACCAUAGUCUUCUGCUUGGUUCUCGCGAUCCCCUUGCUGAAGAGGAAGCCGAAAAUGUGGGAGAUUAUGGGGGUUUGCUUUGCGUUUCUUGGGCUAGUUCUGGUCGGCAUUGCCACUACCAUCCAGGCGCAGAACUUGGGAGAAUAUGGAAGCGCUCUCAAGACCAUCAUAGGCGUCCUGCUCGUUAUUGCUGGUCAGCUCUUCUCUGCAACACAAUAUCUUGCGGAAGAGAAGAUCCUCAAGAGUCAGGACAUAGACCCCCUAAUGGUUGUCGGCUGGGAGGGUGUCUGUGGCGUGAUUCUGUCGCUGUGCGUUGCGUGCCCGCUGGCACACGUGAUACCUGGCAGCGACCACGGGAGCCUGGAGAACUAUGCUAACUCGUUGUACAUGUCCUUCGUCAAUGGGAACAUACUAGCCAUGAACAUCCUGUAUGUGUUGUCCAUUCUCUUCUUCAACUGGUCUGGGCUGACUGUCGGGAAGUCCCUUACGUCGACCCAUCGGUCUCUGUUCGACAACUUGAGAUCGCUGUUGAUAUGGGUCAUCAUGGUCAUAAUAUACUAUUCGACGAGGCACUACAAUCGUCCGUACGGAGAACCCCUCACCUUCUACUCACUUCUGGAGCUGUUUGGGUUUGGAGUGAUGAUCUUGGGCGUCAUGAUCCACAACGACGUCCGUGGGUUUGGCGCGAAGGCUACGUGCAGAGGUGAACAAAAGGCGGAACCAACGUCUCCUAAUUGA